ACUGAAUAAAAAUUCAAAUUACAUAGUGUUAAUUGACAUAAAAUACAUCAAACACAUGAGCGAACAGGAGUUCUCAUAUAAGAGACUUUUGCCGACUUGCAGGGUGAUCGUCUCCAUUAUGGCCUGCGUAUCCUGUAUAUCGGGCGUGGCUGCCGGCUACCUUUUUAUGACCAGCUUGUCAGGCGUCUCUGAGGCGGUAAAGAUUGUGUGGACCACCGGAUCGGCUCUCUAUGCAUUAUCCUCGCUCCUGUUGAUUAUUGCAGUUUGGAAGUUCAUUAAAUGGCUGGCCUAUCCAUACAUGUGCAUGCUGCUCAUGGCCAUUGCCGUCUACACGAUGAUCCUGCAGUGGUUACUCAAGAACCUACCGGCUGCCGUUUUCUCAUCCGUGGCCAUCAGCUUUAUAUUCCUUGGAGUGGCGUUGAACAUGACCAAAAACCUGGAAGAACUACGCACAUCUCUAUAAAGCAAUGCAAAGUUUACACGUUUGGUUUUCCAUUUAUAUUAAAAAUUUGCCGUGCCGUAAUCGCUUGACACAUAUGUAUAUACAAAAAAAUUAAAAAGCAACGAAUACCUA